CUCACUAUGAGAACCUAUGUCCAAUGAGCCAAGAAACUCAGAGGAAAAGUCUUUGGAAUCCGAAUGGAGUCCUAUGUCCCCACAAUAUGGAGAAAAGUCUGGUCGGAACUCGGCAGGAGAACCUAUGUCCAACGAGAAGCUCGAAGGAAUAGUCUGUGGUAUCCUAAUAGAAACCCUCAUGUCCCCAGUGCUCAACCUAGGGAGGAUUCUGGACGGAACUCACAAGUUGAACCUAUGUCCAAUGAGCCAAGGAACUCAAAGGAAAAGUCUUUGGAAUCCGAAUGGAAUCCUAUGUCCCCACAAUACGGAGAAAAGUCUGGUCGGAACUCGGCAGGAGAACCUAUGUCCAACGAGAGGCUUGAAGGAAUAGUCUGCGGGAUCCUAAUGGAAGCCCUUAUGUCCCCAGUACACAACCUGGAGAGGAUUCUGUAUGGAACUCACUAGUGGAACCUAUGUCCAAUGAGCCAAGAAACUCAAAGGAAAGGUCUUUGGAAUCUGAAUAGAAUUCUAUGUCCCUACAAUACGGAGAAAAGUCUGGUCGGAACUCGGCAGGACCCAAGUAACAAUUUAACUUGCAUAAGGUCCAUUUUUUUUCGAUUCCACAAGCUAUGGUUUGCAUAUGGUUGAUUUAACACUUGUUUAUGCAAGGCAGCCAUUUUGGAAGACAAGAAGGCCUUUGUAAGACUUUUAAGAAAACUUAUAAGGAAGCCUUGUGUACGCAAGUUAAAAAAGGUUUCUUUAAGACCUGCAGGGGCUAUCACAAAGAAGCCUUGCAUAAUGAAUUAAAAGUAAGCCCCUGUAAGAUCUCUUUGAAGAGUUCUAGAGAAGCUAUUAAUAUAUAAGUAAAGGAGACCUCUGUUAGACAUUUUGAGAAUGUUUUUUUUUUCUUGUGUCAAAAAUCAACAAUUCUAUUAAAUCAAAAAUUACUAAAAUGGAAAAUUCUUGGAAAAAAUAUAAAAGAUCAGGAACUUAUUAUAGAGAAAUAAAAAAAAAACCAGAUGCUAUUUUUAAAAAAGGUGUUGAGAUUUCUAAAACUCUUAAGGAAAAAGAAAUAACUGCGGACAACGUUAAAAUUACUUUUCCAUCUCCACGAUUAACAACUGGGCCAUGUGUUGACGAUGAACGCAUUGAAUAUGAAGAUCUGAAUUUUCCAAGCAGCACAGAAAACGAGUGGAGUAUCGAUGAGGCACCUCAUAAAAAAACCUCGUAUAGAUCAUAUCUCCGGCAGUGGGCAAUUUCUCAUAGAGUUCCUCACACCACUUUAAAAGAUCUAAUCAAAAUACUGAACAACAACAUUCAUGAACAGUUGCCAGAAGACCCGCGGACAUUAUUGGGAACACCAUUAGAUAUAGUGUGCACUAAAAUAGGUACAGAUGGAAUGUAUUGGCACCAUGGAUUUGAAAAAUGUAUUCAUUACAUAUUUCGUGACAUUAAUGAAUCAAAAUCCAUUUCAAUAAAUAUAAACUUGGAUGGACUUCCAGUCUUUAAAACUUCAAAAAUUGAAUUUUGGCCAAUUUUGUUUAACAUUCAUCAAAUGCCGGAGUUUCCACCAAUGGUCAUUGGGAUUUUUUGUGGAACAUCUAAAUGCACUGAUCUUGGGCAGUUUCUUUUACCGUUUGUUAAUGAUAUGGAAAAUGCAAUGGCAAAUGGAUUUCUAAUAAACUCGCAUCAAGUUACUGUUAAACUUCGGUGCAUUAUAUGCGAUUCGCCAGCUAGAGCCUAUAUUAAAGGUAAGCGCUGAAUUUAUCUUACUUUAUAGUUGAGUUUCAUCAAAAUUAAAAAGUUGCUAUGGUACCUUUGUAUAUGACAACUAAUUUAAUUUUACAAAAAAAAAGUUUUUUUUAAUUAUAAACAUUAAUAUUGAGCUUUAGCCUGUUUUCGAUACGGUCCAACUGAGAUAAUUUCGCAAAUUAUCUCAUUUUGAAUGUCAAAUCGUAUAGGAAAUUAUUUAAUAUAAAAUUGGAACUGACCAAAUUUGCGAAAUUAUCUCAUUUAGGAUUAAGUGAAAACAGGCUAUUAUAUUUAAACGAGUUCUG